AUGGAAUCAACAAUUGCCUCCGCUGUACCAAAAGAAGUCAACAUUGACAAAAAUGCCAAUACUAAAUUCGACUUUAGCCGUAAUUUAUUAGGUUAUGGUGAAGAAGGUUUAGAUCUUCAAUGGCCAGAUAACAAAAAAAUCGCUGUUUCCUUCGUUUUAAACUAUGAAGAAGGUGGUGAAAGAAGUCUUCAAUAUGGUGACGAAACCAGUGAAUUCGUUUUAUAUACCUCAUCUAAACCAGGACCAAUUCUUCAAAGAGCUUAUGAAGUUGAAUCAGAAUAUGAUUAUGGUUCAAGAGUUGGGGUUUGGAGAAUCUUAAAAUUAUUCAAAAAAUUUGGUAACAGAAUCACUGCUUAUGCUGUUGGUAAAGCUUUCGAAACCAACCCUGCGGUUCCAGAAGCUUUUGUUCGUGAUGGUCAUGAAAUUGCUUCUCAUGCUUAUAGAUGGAUUCCUUAUGAAGAUAAAUCACCAGAAUUAGAAAAAGCUUACAUCUUAAAACAAUUAGAAACUUUGGAAACACUUACUGGUGAAAAAACUCCUGGCUGGUACAUGGGUAGAUUAAGUCCUCAAAGUAUGGGAUUAAUCACUGAAGUUUAUAGAGAAUUAGGAAAAGAAUUACCAUAUAUGAGUGAUUACUAUGGUGAUGAUGUUCCAGUUUGGGUUGAUGUUCCAGCUGAAAAAGACUUACCUGAUGAAGAAAAGAAAGGUUUAUUGUUCGUUCCAUAUUCUUUCGAUACCAAUGAUUAUAGAUUCUUAACCACCAAUGGUUUUAGAGCUGCUGAAGCUUUCUAUGAACAUAUGAAGAAUGCUUUUGAUACCUUAUACGAAGAAGGUGGUAAAAUGAUGACUGUUGGUCUUCAUUGUAGAAUUAUUGGUAGACCAGGUUAUUUCCAAGCUUUAAAGAAAUUCGUUGAAUAUGUUAACCUGCAUGAUGACGUUUGGGUUUGUUCAAGAUCUGAUAUUGCUACUCACUUCAAGAGUAAAUAUCCAUAUAAACCCGGUAAAUAA